CCACAGUAAAAUUAUAUUAUUAAAAAUGAUUAAUCUAGCUCACUAUCUGUCUGAGAUCAUCACUGAGGCCGUCCAGGCUGAGAUCCCAGAGAUUAAAGAAAAGUUUAUUAUAAAUUCUGAUAAAGAUAAGGAAUGGCAGUAUGCUACCCCCACAGCCAUCAAGAUUUGGAACAUGAAUAAGAAGAAAGGAGGACUUGGAUUCGCCAAUUGUAAGGAACUCGCUGAAAAAAUUGCUGAGAUCAUUCCUACCACAGGCAUUAUUGAAAGAGUGUCUACUCUUAAAGCAGGAAAGGGACCUGAUGACAAAUCAGGCUUCUUCAUCAAUAUUUUCCUCCAGAAGGCAGCUCUUGCAGAAAGACUUAAGGAGUUUGUGUACAAUGAUAUCACUUAUGAAGCAGAAAAGAAGGUCAAGGUAGUUGUUGACUUCUCGUCACCCAACAUUGCCAAGAACAUGCAUGUUGGACACCUCAGAUCUACCAUCAUUGGAGACUCUAUGUGCAGAAUCCUUGAGUAUAUGGGCCACGAUGUUAAAAGAGUUAACCACAUUGGUGACUGGGGAACCCAAUUUGGAAUGUUAAUUUCCCAUAUGGAGGACACAUAUCCUGAUUUCCUUGAGAAACAGCCAAACAUUUCCGAUCUUGAUGGAUUUUAUAAAGAAGCUAAGAAUAGGUUUGAUAAUGAAGAAGACUUCAAGACCAGGUCUAGAGAGACCGUUGUCAAGCUACAGGGUGGAGAUGAAUCCAUCCUCAAAGCAUGGAGGAUGAUCUGUGAUGUCUCUAGAUCCCAAUUUGUCCAAAUCUACGAUAGACUUAAAAUCGUCAACAAUGAGUAUGGAGAGUCUUUCUACAACGAUAUGAUUCCUCCUCUUGUGGAAAGACUUGAGAAGGAUGGUGUCAUUGUUGAAGAUGAUGGCUGCAAGUGUAUCUUUGUACCUAAAAUCAAAGUUCCUCUUAUAGUCGUCAAAUCUGAUGGAGGCUAUAAUUAUGACUCGACUGAUCUCGCAGCAAUGGAGUACAGGGUUAAUGUUGAAAAGGCUGAUAGGAUUAUUGUCCUCACUGAUAUGGGACAGAGCUUCCAUUUUAAACAAUUAGAAGGCGCUUCCAAGCUCGCAGGCAUUCUUGACCCAAAGAAGCAUAGAUUUGACCAUAUGGGAUUUGGACUUGUACUUGAUGCAAAUGGUGAAAAGAUCAAGUCUAGAUCAGGAGAAUCAAUCCAGUUAAUGAGUCUCCUUGAUGAGGCCAGAGAUAGAGCAGCCGAAGUAUGUAAGCAAAAGCAUGAGAACUCUAAGGAAGAAGAAAAACUAACUGAGGAGGAGUAUCUGGAGAGAGGAGAAAUCAUUGGUAUGACCUCUGUGAAGUACUACGAUCUUAAGCAAAAUAGAACUUCCUCAUAUGGUUUCUCUUAUGAUAAGAUUCUCGACCCUAAAGGGGAUACUGGAGUCUACCUCCUCUACAUGUAUGUCAGACUUUGCUCAAUCUUGAGAAAGGGAGGAUAUGAUGAAGAGAGACUUGCGGAAGUUGCAAAGGAAGCUGAGUUAAAUCUUGAGACUCCUGAAGAAAUCAAUUUGGGAUUAUUGCUUCUCAGACUUCCUGAGUAUAUUGACGGAGUUUUCAAUGACCUUCAGAUAAACAAGAUUUGUAACAUGCUUUAUGACAUUAGUACCCAGAUCGGUUCCUUCUAUGCGAACAACAAGGUGCUGGGUGACGAGAAGGAGUUACCUAGAAUCCUUCUGAUCGAGCUCACAAGAAAGGUGAUGAAGACUCUCUUCAAUCUCUUAGGCAUGGACACUAUUGAUAAGAUCUAAAUACUAUGUUCCUUACUAAAUGUUGUCAAAUU